AUGGAUGUCUUCCUUCCCAACAGUAGUUUGGCCAACACAACAUACAUCCAGUCUGCUCCACAUAGCCUUUGGGAAGUUAUCACCAUAGCAACAGUCUCUGCCAUCGUCAGCUUGAUCACGAUUGUUGGUAACGUUUUAGUCAUGGUAUCUUUUAAAGUGAACAGCCAACUUAAGACAGUAAACAACUAUUACCUGCUGAGUUUGGCUUUUGCUGACCUCAUUAUAGGAGUGCUCUCCAUGAACCUGUACACGACAUAUAUACUGGUGGGCUACUGGCCCUUAGGAAGCCUGGCAUGUGAUCUCUGGCUCGCUGUGGACUAUGUAGCCAGCAAUGCUUCAGUUAUGAAUUUACUGGUCAUCAGCUUUGACAGAUAUUUCUCCAUCACAAGGCCGCUGACUUACAGAGCAAAGAGAACUCCAAAGAGGGCCGCCCUCUUGAUAGGCCUUGCAUGGUUGGUAUCAUUUGUCCUGUGGGCACCACCAAUUUUGUGCUGGAAGUACAUUGUUGGGGAAGAAAAGGAAUCUGAGGAUCAAUGCCAGAUUCAGUUUUUAACAGAGCCAGUGAUCACAUUUGGGACAGCAAUUGCCGCUUUCUACAUCCCAGUCUCUGUCAUGACAAUUCUCUACUGUAGGAUAUACAAGGAGACACAGAGACGGACAAAGGAUCUGGCAGAGUUGCAAGGACUCGCAAGUGAUCGUGUCUCAGAGGGGGCUAAACCGCAGAAGAACAUUAUUCACUCUUGCUUCCAUUUCACCAAAGACAGAAGAGAAAGGAGUCAGGCCUCCUGGUCCUCCUCUAAUCAAAGUAAUGCUACAAAAACCACCAUUAGGUCAGAUGAAGUGUGGGUCAAAACUGACCAAAUCGCAUCCUUUAAUAGCUACUCCUCAUCUGACGAAGAGCAUCACAUUUCCAUUGAGACCCCGCAAGGAUCUUUGAGAAAUAAUGGUCAAAAUGAUAAGAAUGGGCAGGUGACGGAUUAUGCAGAAGAUCAGUAUUUUUCAAGCCCCUCAAAAGAGAGCAGUAAGAAGUGUAUUUCAUAUAAAUUCACACCUGGCUCUAAGGUUAAAAAGGGCAGUCCGACACCCACAUCACCUCGCCCUCCCGAAGCCGAGCAGAAAAACGCCUCACCUUCCUCCUCUACUACUUCCAAGCCAAUGGACCCAGGCCUAAAGAACCACCAGAUCACCAAGAGGAAGCGAAUGGUGCUGGUGAAAGAGAAGAAGGCGGCUCAGACCCUCAGCGCUAUUCUUCUUGCGUUCAUCCUCACAUGGACUCCGUACAACAUUAUGGUGCUGAUCUCCACAUUCUGCGCCACGUGCAUCCCGACGUCCUUGUGGCACCUGGGCUACUGGCUGUGCUACGUAAACAGCACAGUCAACCCCAUGUGCUAUGCCCUGUGCAACAAGACCUUCCAGAAGACCUUCCGCAUGCUUCUCCUGUGCCAGUGGAGGAGAAAGAGAGGCGAGGACAAGCUGUACUGGUGUGGACAGAAUGCCAACGUCAACAAUAAAAUGACUUGA